UGAAUAAUAAUAAUUGAAACCGUGAGUCGUGAGACUCGAGGUAAUUCAAAAAUUAAAUCUUCUGAACAUUCGUCAACUUGGCCAAUUGAUUUUAGAUUUAUAGCUUUUUAGUGUUAAUCUUUGGUCAGGUUUUCGUCACUGUAAUUGUCAGAUCAAAAUCGACGCUUGUCAAAAAUUAACUUAAUAACUUUUUAAUUUAAUUUUAAUUGUUUUUUUAUGAGGUUUGACACUCUGAAGCAUAUAGUGUACUUGUUUCCAUUCAAUCUUUUUUUUUACGAUCGCGCUAAGAUCAGACGGAUCAGGCUCUAGGAAAUAUGUGUAAUAUUUUACAAUUUACAAUUUGAAAAAAAUCUGUCGUCACACAAAAUGAUUUUUUCAUAUUUUCCUAAUGAACGGGCAUCUCAUUCACUUUUUAUCCAUAAAAUUUGUGACCAACGAAUAAUUUUGUUCGGAUUAGGCGUUAAAGCUCAGGAUAUUUCAAAAUUGUUAAACAUUUUACAAAUUUUGUAAGAUAAUAAAGUCUACGAAAUCGACCGAAGAAGAAAGCUAGACGUGGCUGGAUGACUAAAGUUUCCCCAACUGACCGCUAUGAAAAGCGCCAUGUCAUGUCAGAAAAGAUCGUCGUGAACGAUCUUAUCUAUAUAUAUCGUACAACAAUGACAAUGGCUGUCUCGUUGCUUGCACUGACAGGAUGCGUAUGAACGACGCGUGAAUUUAAGUUUAAAAAAUCAUUUUUAUACCUAAUUUUCAAGACAUAUUAUUGAUUUUAGGUUAUUUUGCAAAUCGACAAUUAAUGUAUACGCAGACAAUCAAAAUGCCGGUCCAAAAGGAUUCUAACAUCGUGAAAAUCGCGGUGGAAAUGAAUAAGCAAGUGGCACAACUCAUCGAGUUUAAUCAGAAACAGCCCUUGACUGGAAUUAUACAGGAUUUGUGCAACGGGUGGGGUUUGUCGGAUCCAGAAAUUUAUGCUCUUCAAUUUUCUGAGAAUAAUAAUCAGAAUUAUAUAACUGAGAAAAAUCGUAAUGAAGUGAAAAACGGUAGCGUUCUCAGGCUGGAACAUUCUCCGUCAAAAACUGCUGGAGAUAUUUUAUCCAAAUUGAACAAUGGUACAGCCGACGAAAAAACAAAAGCCCUGCAAAAGCUCAGCACACUAAGCAAAGAUAUUACAUUUGCCCUAGAAUUCAUCAAUAAGCAGGGACUUGCUUUAAUCAUAUCCCAGGUCGAAGGUGGGAAAUACAAAGGCAGUCCCUUAGCGUACUCACUACAAUCUUUUGUGGAGUUGAUGGACCAUGGAAUAGUUUCUUGGGAUAUUUUAGAACCACCAUUUAUCAGCAAAGUAUCGAGUUACGUGAAUAAUCAAACGGUUAUACAAGACGCAAAUGUGAUCGAGGCCUCGUUGAGUAUCCUCGAAAAUAUCGUGCUCAAUUCGUCUGGAAAAUACGCACAAGUUGAGAAAGAAGUCACCUUACAAAAUCUCGUGUUGCAUCUUCAAAGUAUGAGUCCACAGAUACAACAAAAUACUAUUGCGCUGAUAAACGCACUUUUUUCAAAAGCGGACAUUGCCAAAAGACGGACCGUCGCUGCAGCGUUACAAUCGAAACAAGUUCGAAAUGUCUUCCUGACGAAUGUUAUACAGUCAACUGGUCAGGUGGGCACGGAAAUGGCUCAUCAGCUGUACGUAUUACAAACUCUGAUGCUGAGCUUAUUGGAGCAAAGAAUGAUGACAAAAAUGGAUCCUCAAGAUCAAGAUGGUCAUGACAAGAUAAAAGAACUUCGAAGAAUUGCUUUUGACACAGAAGGCACAACGAGUGGCGAAGUUGCUGCUCGUAAGCAAGGACUUUUCGCUAAGGAUUACAAAAAAUUGGGCUUCAAGUGCGACAUUAAUCCAGCUCUUGAUUUUACCGAUACUCCGCCUGGUAUGUUGGCCCUUGAUUGUAUGGUUUAUUUCGCACGGAAUCAUACGGAAGCUUACACGAAAGUAGUGUUAGAAAAUUCGUGUCGGGCUGACGAACACGAGUGCCCAUUCGGGAAAACGAGUCUCGAGCUCGUUAAAUUACUCUGCGAGGUUCUACGUAUCGCCGAAGCGCCCAGUGAGCAAGGUCAAUCGUACCAUCCGAUGUUUUUCACGCACGAUCAUCCCUUCGAAGAAUUUUACUGCGUUUGCAUCGUUCUUUUGAAUAAAACGUGGAAAGAGAUGCGAGCCACUACGGAAGAUUUCGUCAAAGUCUUUUCCGUCGUACGUGAACAAAUAACUCGAGCUUUGCAGUGUAAACCAACGGGGUUGGACAAAUUCAAAAACAAAUUACAACAAUUGACGUACUCAACAAUUACGAAUCUCUGGCAGCAAGAGAGGACGAAUCGCGAAGAGUGGGAAAGUCACGCGAGGCCCAUUGUCGAGCUUCGCGAACAAAUAACACCCGAAAUUCUCGAUUUGAUACAACAACAGAGAUUGGGAUUUCUGGUCGAAGGCACGAGAUUCACCAAGUACAGCGCUCGCGGACAACGAAUAAAGGACAAAUUUUGGUAUGUCCGUCUCUCGCCGAAUCAUAAACUCUUCCAUUAUGGAGACUGCGAUGAAAAAUCUGUACCAACCAUCGAUGAGCUUCCAACUAAAUUGGCUGUCGUCGAAAUCCGCGGCCUUCUCACCGGUCGCGAUUGUCCCCACAUGAAGGAUUUACAGAGACGCAAAACUACUCAUCAAUUGGCCUUUUCCCUCGCUCUCGAUUCCGUCGAAGUAACGAGUCUCGAUUUUGUUGCUCCCGACGAACAGGUUUACGAUUAUUGGACCGACGGUAUCAAUGCUUUGCUCGGAAACCGUAUGACGAGUAAAGAAGCCGAGAAUGAUUUGGAGACUCUCUUAUCAAUGGACAUAAAACUGCGACUCUUAGAUGCUGAGGGAAUCGAUAUACCCCAAGAUCCUCCUCCAAUCCCGGAGCCACCACCAAAUUACGAUUUUUGCUACGAAUUGAAGUAAAUUAAGGAACAAGUUAUUCCAAUUAUUCAGCGUUACUGUAGCAAAACGCUGUGCAACUGACAUUUUACAAAUGAAAGCAAAAAAUCCCAAGCUCUGCUCGACCGAACUUGCUCGACAUUGAACGAGCGGUCGAUAGAACAAAAACGAUACUCCAUUUUCUAAGUGCGCGCAAAUUUUGUGCUGCUAAAGAGUAAAUUAGUAAAAAUUUAUCGCUCGUAAAUAUGGAUGCUUCCGAACGAAUUCGCUGUUUUAAAUGUAUUACGUGUUGCCAAAAUCUCAGAGGGCCUGUAAGCAAUAUUCUUUUCAUAAUUUUUUUCACGAAGUCUCCGUUGAGUCGUCUCAGUCAAAUGGAACAAAAUUUUUGUACAUUCUCAUACUUUGAAAGCAUCUUCCACUGCGAUAAUAGUAUUUAAUCGAUAUAUUCAAAUUCUCAUAUGACUGACCGAUGCAGUAGACAAUGUUUUACCAAAGAUAUUAGUAAUUCUUGUACCCAAAUUUUACACGCACGAUUUUUUUUAGUACUUUUUUGUAUUCUUCGUAAGUCUCUAUAAUAUUAUGAAUAAUUCCUCAUGCGUUUGCAAUAAUUUCAAGGUUUCGUAAUUUUCUUUAUUUUAUUGUAGACAUAAAUUUUUUCAAUUCGCUGACCAUCUCUCUUAACUCCACACUUUUUAACGACGCAUUUAGUUUGAAACCAGUAUUUUGUAAUAAUCGAUUUAUAGCUUUAAUAAAUUAUACAUACGGUGUAA